AUGUCCACCAUCUGCAGGUCAUGCCGGUCUCUGGCGUUCUCCAAGCGGGGUUUCGCUGCAGCAGCUACCCCUCGUCCAGCUCGUAAUCCGAAAACAAUUGCCAACAAACGAACCCCCUUGCCCAGAUUAGGUCGACAAGCUCCCGAGCAGGAAAGCUUAGCGGUGCUUAUCCAAAGGCUAGCUAGGCUGAAAUCAGAGAACAGACGUCCCAGACCCGAAGCAUAUGUCGCUAUACUCAGAGCGGCCGGAGAUUUCUCACUCAGUCGUACAGCACCAGGUGAAGAAUCGGAGAAUCUAGGAUGGCAAGUUGCUCAAGCGGCUUGGGAAGAUGCCAAAGCAGGAAAUGUAGAACUCGGCCCAGAAGGGGUGGAAGCUUUCUUGAGGACCGCAAUUCGUCUGGCAUGCGAAUGGGGAUGUCCUCGUCUGGCUUUACAGAUCGCAGAGAAGAUAGAGAAUGAUUCGGCUGUCGGUGUGAGAUUGGAUCAAAGUGCAUGGGUGGAUAUAUUGAUAGCUAGUGCGGACGCUCAUUAUCUUUCCGGUGCCGAAACCGCUUGGUACAGAGUCAAAUCCAGCUAUACAGCCGAUGAAGGCCUUAUCUUAUCAUUGCUCAAUGCGGCUGGACGAUGGGGAAGACCGGAUUUCGCAUCAACCAUCCUUGAAUCUUUACCUGUUGCCCCUCAGGAACAGCACCUCGCUCCGUUGUUAGAGGCAUUCUGCAAUGCUGGGGAAGUGCCUAAUGCCUUCCAGGUGCUGGUAUCUAUUCGCGACGCUGGUCUUACACCUACGAUGGCUACCGUUCAACCGAUCGUUUCAGUUUUAUCAAAUGCAGAGGUGAUAGACCAAGCAUUUUACGGAUUAGAAGACAUGUACAAAUCAGGACAGCCGAUCGACAUCACAGCAUUGAACGCUCUAAUCGAUGCUUCGGCUCGACUUGGCGAUCUCCAAAGGGCUCGAGCAACCCAAACAGCGGCUACGGAUCUUGGUCUGACACCCAAUGUGGAUACUUUCAACCUAGUACUGUCUUGCUGUAUAAGUGCGCAGCAUCGACCACUCGGUGAUGCGAUACUGAACGAAAUGUCUGCGCAAUCUUUAUCGCCCAACGCUACGACUUACGAAAAUAUGAUCAACCUCUGCCUUACCCGACCAACUUAUGAAGAUGCUUUCUAUUACCUUGAAAAAGCGAAAGCUGAUGGAUUCAAACCUUCAUAUGCGAUUUAUAAUUCUCUCAUCCGCAAAUGUAUCACUACCAAUGAUUCUCGAUGGCGAUUAGUGGUGGAUGAGAUGAAGUCUGUUGGAUACCGUUUGGAUAAUGAGUUGCACGAGUUCAUCAACUCGGGCGGGAAGCCACGACGAGCUGAGGAGAAAGGUAGACGAAGAUCAGACGAGUCGAAGAGGAGUAAUGGUAAAGGAAAGCAGCGGUACGAUAAGAAAGAAGGAGAAUAG